UAUUUUGAAAAUAUCCGGCGGAACACGUUGUAGCAUCCGGCUGUGAUCAUGGCUGCCCACAACAACUCGAUUCGCGUGCGUUUAUUCUUUGACUAUCCUCCGCCGGCUCUCGUUGGCUGCCGCAUGUGUUGGCUUCUGGUGGAUCUGAACAAAUGUCGUGUGGUGGCGGAUUUGGAAAGCAUCAUCAGGGAGAAGUUUGAUAUCAGCCGCAGGAGCAUCGUCAACCUGUUCGUGGAAGACUGCUACCUGCCGCACACGGAGAGCGUGCACGUGGUGCGCGACAACGACAGCGUCAGGGUGAAAGUUGACUUUCUGACUCAGGUGAAUGGACACGACAGCUGUCCAGACGUGUCUAAUGUAAGCCGUAGAAAGACACAGAGAGACAAAGAGGGGGACGGCUCAAGAGACAGUGGAGUGAGUGUGGACAGGAAGAAAAAAAAGAAGAAAAGGAGUGAGGAGAGUCUGGAGAGGGACACCAAGCAGGCAGGCGAUGCAAGGACGAAGUCACAUGGAAAGGACGAGUCACAUGGAAAGAAACCCGAGUCACAUGGAAAGAAACCCGAAAAGAAAAGGAGGAAGGUGGUAGAGGAGAAUUGCCCCACGCUGACUCCCAAUCCACCUGCUCCCACAAAAAAGAUCCCUACUAGUUUAGACCGGCCAGUUAAGAGAACCAAGAAGGCCUCGGCACAAAAAACAGAACUAAAGAAAGUUUUCUCUUCAGAGUCCAGUGAAAUCAGCAGUGAAGUGGAUAAAGCGCCUCAAAAAACAACACACAAAACACCAGCUACUACUCCUGCUCCUUCCAAAACACCUCCAGACACCAAUCAACCCCAGACAAAAAAACAUCCUCACCCGUCAUCCUCCUCAGAAACAGACUCGUCCUCUGAUGAGGGAGCCAGCAAAAAAACUCUACCACAAAAGACACCUCUACCUCAAAAGACACCUAUUCCUGAACCACCCAUCUCCUCAACUCCUAAAUCAAAAACGGACGAUACAAAGUCCCAGCAGACGUCUUCUGCGCCGCAGUCCAAUGAGCGUCCACAGAAACAGACUGCCAGCUCACCUCUUACCCCUGAUGAAAACGUCACGGAAACUGAACCUCCUGAGCCAAACAGUGACAAGGAGAUCGAGCUGGUGAUCCGACGGCCAGCGCACCACCCAGGUUAUGGUUUAAUAAGUGACCGGGGAAGAUCCAGCCGUGGUGGUCGUGGGGGUAAACGUAGAGGAGGCAUCAGAGGACAAAAUGACAACUUUGUACUCGGCAGUGACAGAAUUCUGCCAUCCUACGAGCAGGAUUCUCUUACCAACAAGUCGGUGGUCCUGCAGAAUGAAGCUGAAAGUGCACCAGAGUUGGAUUACAGUUCCAUGCCCCUGCUAGCAGCUCCUCCACAGGUGGGGCAGAGAAUUGCCUUUAAGCUGCUGGAGCUAACGGAGAGCUACACGCCAGCGGUGUCACAGUAUAAAGAGGGAAAGCUUUUGAGUGUUGACCCAGCCACCAAUCAGAUUGAGGUGGAGUUAACAAAUGCUUCUGAUGCUCCUUUAGAGCCUGGAAAGUUUGACUUGGUGUAUCAGAACCCAGAUGGGUCGGAGAGAGUAGAGUACGCUGUGUCCAGAGGCUCUUUGGUGACGGAACGGUGGGACUCCCUGUUGGAACCAAGGCUCAUCAUUCAAACAUGACAAAGCACUGCUUAUUAGUCAAUUUAAAGGGGAAAACAAACAAA